GAUUCAGCUGUGCUCGGCCAGGUUGGACUGCUGGACCCCUGCCUCCUUACCCACACCUCCUUUUCCUGACACUCUCAGCAGCCUCAAGUGCCGAUCUUGAGAAGAGGCCUUAGCAGGACGAGGAGGAGGCCACUGGCGUCAGACCAAUGCUGCGAGGGGUGUGAAAAGAGCCGAGGUCCGUCAAUCCGCUGCCAGACCUAGAAAGGAUGGACAUGGAGUGAGGCGGAGGCGCCGCGAACUGCUGACUUACCAGAACGUGGGACGCUGGUGAUUCUUGGGUCACUGAGGCUGGACAACGUUCAUGGCUCUCGGGUAGAACCCAGCGAAACGGCCAGAAUGAAUUCUAUGGACAGGCACAUCCAGCAGACCAAUGACCGCCUGCAGUGCAUCAAGCAGCACUUACAGAACCCUGCCAACUUCCACAAUGCCGCCACCGAGCUGCUGGACUGGUGUGGAGACCCACGGGCCUUCCAGCGGCCCUUCGAGCAGAGCCUGAUGGGCUGUUUGACGGUGGUCAGUCGGGUGGCAGCUCAGCAAGGUUUCGACCUGGACCUCGGCUACAGACUGCUGGCUGUGUGUGCCGCGAACCGAGACAAGUUCACUCCGAAGUCUGCCGCCCUGCUGUCCUCCUGGUGCGAGGAGCUCGGCCGCCUGCUGCUGCUGCGACAUCAGAAGAGCCGCCAGAGCGACCCCCCCGGGAAACUCCCCAUGCAGCCCCCCCUCAACUCCAUGAGCUCCAUGAAACCCACUCUGUCGCACAGUGAUGGGUCAUUCCCCUACGACCCUGUCCCCUGGCAGCAGAACACCAACCAGCCUCCCGGCUCCCUCUCCGUGGUCACCACGGUGUGGGGAGUGACCAACACAUCCCAGAGCCAGGUCCUCGGGAACCCUAUGGCCAAUGCCAACAACCCCAUGAAUCCAGGCGGCAACCCCAUGGCGUCGGGCAUGACCACCAGCAACCCCGGCCUCAACUCCCCCCAGUUUGCUGGGCAGCAGCAGCAGUUCUCGGCCAAGGCGGGUCCCGCACAGCCCUACAUCCAGCAGGGCAUGUACGGCCGGCCCAACUACCCUGGCAGCGGGGGCUUCGGGGCCAGUUACCCCGGGGGUCCUAAUGCCCCCGCAAGCAUGGGCAUCCCUCCGCACACCAGGCCGCCUGCUGACUUCAGUCAGCCGGCCGCCGCUGCCGCCGCAGCUGCAGUGGCAGCAGCCGCAGCCACGGCCACAGCCACGGCCACUGCCACUGUGGCAGCCUUGCAGGAGACGCAGAAUAAGGAUAUAAACCAAUAUGGACCGAUGGGUCCCACCCAGGCGUAUAACAGCCAAUUCAUGAACCAGCCCGGGCCACGGGGGCCUGCCUCCAUGGGGGGCAGCAUGAACCCUGCAAGCAUGGCGGCUGGCAUGACACCCUCCGGGAUGAGCGGCCCUCCCAUGGGCAUGAACCAGCCCCGGCCGCCCGGCAUCAGCCCCUUUGGCACACAUGGGCAGCGGAUGCCCCAGCAGACCUACCCGGGCCCCCGGCCCCAGUCCCUUCCCAUUCAGAGCAUAAAGAGGCCAUACCCAGGAGAGCCCAACUAUGGAAACCAGCAAUACGGACCAAACAGCCAGUUCCCCACACAGCCAGGCCAGUACCCCACCCCCAACCCCCCGCGGCCGCUCACCUCGCCCAACUACCCCGGGCAAAGGAUGCCCAGCCAGCCGAGCACCGGGCAGUACCCGCCCCCCACGGUCAACAUGGGGCAGUAUUACAAGCCGGAGCAGUUUAAUGGACAGAAUAACACCUUCUCGGGAAGCAGCUACAGUAACUACAGCCAAGGGAACGUCAAUAGGCCUCCCAGGCCAGUUCCUGUGGCAAAUUACCCCCACUCGCCUGUUCCAGGGAAUCCCACACCCCCCAUGACUCCUGGGAGCAGCAUCCCCCCGUACCUGUCCCCCAGCCAAGAUGUUAAGCCACCCUUCCCGCCUGACAUCAAGCCAAAUAUGAGUGCUCUGCCACCACCCCCAGCCACCCACAAUGACGAGCUGCGGCUCACGUUCCCCGUGCGGGAUGGCGUGGUGCUGGAGCCCUUCCGCCUUGAGCACAACCUGGCCGUCAGCAACCAUGUCUUUCACCUGCGGCCCACAGUCCACCAGACGCUGAUGUGGAGCAACAUUGACUGGGCCCUCUGUGCACAAGGCCCUGGGGAUGUCGUGGGGAACCUGCAGGUACAGGAGAGACAGACAAGUUCAGCGGUGAAUGCCUCACCACUCGCCAUUGGAGGAGCCGGCGGACAACAAGACUUCCACAAGCCCCUGCACCUAAAGCACGUGUGCCAGCCGGGGCGCAACACCAUCCAGAUCACCGUCACCUCCUGCUGUUCCCACCUCUUCGUGCUGCAGCUGGUCCACCGGCCGUCCGUGCGCUCCGUGCUGCAAGGCCUCCUCAAGAAGCGCCUCCUGCCCGCUGAGCACUGCAUCACCAAAAUCAAGCGGAACUUCAGCAGCGUGGCAGCCUCGUCAGGCAACACCACCCUCAAUGGGGAAGACGGCGUGGAGCAGACGGCCAUCAAAGUGUCUCUGAAGUGCCCCAUCACAUUCCGGCGCAUCCAGCUGCCUGCUCGAGGUCACGACUGCAAGCACGUCCAGUGCUUUGACCUGGAAUCAUACCUGCAGCUGAAUUGUGAGAGAGGGACCUGGCGGUGUCCUGUGUGCAAUAAAACUGCUCUGCUGGAGGGCCUGGAGGUGGAUCAGUACAUGUGGGGCAUCCUGAAUGCCAUCCAACACUCCGAGUUCGAAGAGGUCACCAUCGACCCCACGUGCAGCUGGCGGCCAGUGCCCAUCAAGUCGGACCUGCACAUUAAGGAUGACCCUGACGGCAUCCCCUCCAAGCGGUUCAAGACCAUGAGUCCCAGCCAGAUGAUCAUGCCCAACGUCAUGGAGAUGAUCGCAGCCCUGGGCCCUGGCCCGUCCCCCUACCCACUCCCGCCGCCGCCUGGGGCCAACAACUCCAACGACUACAGCAACCAAGGUGGGUUGACGCCUGACAAAGAGGGCAGCACCGGGGAUCCCAGCGGGGACAAGGACCUCUUUGCUGAUGAGGCCUCCUGCCCCGUGGCCCUGGCGGCAGAGGGUUGGCUCUGUUGUGGGGGUGUGUUGUUCUCCUGGUUUUGUUUGGUUCUCAUUUCUCCAGGCAUCCGUCGCUGUGCCUCGUCACCUCACCUCUCUUUUCUCCUGCUCUCUCCUCCUCCACAGAUGCCACACGCUGGCAGUUCUGACCAGCCCCAUCCCUCCAUACAACAAGGUUUGCACGUCCCACACCCCAGCAGCCAGUCAGGGCCUCCAUUACAUCACAGUGGGGCUCCUCCUCCUCCUUCCCAGCCUCCCCGGCAACCGCCACAGGCCGCUCCCAGCAACCAUCCACACAGCGACCUGACCUUUAACCCCUCCUCAGCCUUAGAGGGUCAGGCCGGAGCGCAGGGAGCAUCCGACAUGCCGGAGCCUUCGCUGGAUCUCCUGCCAGAACUCACAAAUCCCGACGAGCUCCUCUCGUACCUGGACCCCCCCGACCUGCCGAGCAAUAGUAACGAUGACCUCCUGUCUCUCUUUGAGAACAACUGAAGCCCGCCCUCCGCCGGGGCCAUCCCUCCCCACUCCGCUCCCUCCCGUCGUCCCACACACUUUCCCGCUGGGAGCCGAGUCCUCAGACCCUCCCCCCUGCCGUGGCCUCAGAGCGGAGGGGUGGAGGGUGCCCUGUGAAGGCUGUGGUCUGGAGCCGGUGCCCGGAGCCGGCCGGAAGGUGACCCUCACGAUGGGAGCGCGGUGAGAGGACACCUGACAGCUUCCUGGUCCCUCCGUGUGCUGACCCCCGCGACCUCCAGUGGCCGCCAGGUUCUUCCAGUCUCCAAACUGUAACCCUGCCUCCCUGCUUCCUGGCCCAGAGCCUCCUUCUGUGACUGAGCCCGAAAGAAGCCCCCAGACCCAGGCGGCCGAGCCCUGGGGAGCAGUGACAGUCGGCUGCAGGGAGAACAGCCCGCCCACCACCGUCACCCACCACAGAAAAGCACAAGCCUCUGGGAAAGCCCACUCACGGAGGGGCCACGGUUGCCACUCGACCCCUGACCUCUAGCCAAGAUACCCUGUAGACAUUGUCUCAGCAAGCAGAGGAGGACACGAUCCUGUGUUUGAGAGAGGGUGUGCCGUUCCUGCUUGGGGGCUGGUGGGGAGAGGGUCAGGGCCUCAGAGCCAGGACAGCACAGCAGGUGGCUCCACGACCUUUGGGCUCCGGCCUGGGAGGGCAGAGAGCGAGUGCCCGGCGGAAAUUAUUGUGCCCUUAGUUGGGGGCGGGGGAAUGCCGCCCGGUGGUCAGUAGGAACGGCAACUUAAAACUGCUCCAAGCCACUCCUGUUUUUGAACAACAGCCUCAAGCUACUAAGUCAUCUGGAGAAGAGAACAUUGGACUCGGACAGCAAGCAAACCGAUUCUCCCAUGUGUGCUGUAUCCUCCCUCCUGCUCCUCUCCCACCUCUCCCAGACUGCUACAUGGGACACCCACUUCCCUCUCUACUGAUGCCCCUUUGUCCCCCGCAGACGGCAAGGUGGGAUGGUGGAAAGGCAUGGGAGAUGCUGGCUCGGGAGUGUGCAGGCUUAGCAGCAGGAACCCGGCAUCGGUAUCCCCAGCCCCCGCUGUCUGGCUGCCGAUGUCCGAGGCUGCUGUGUGUGCUGGGGUGCGCCCACAAGCAUCAAGGGUGUUUGCAUGGCUGCCUCAGACACCGCGCUUGGCUGCCAGCCGCUCCCCUCUGUGUCCCUCUGCCGUCGAAAGCUCACCCCACACUCCUGCUGGUUCAGACAGAAGCAGCCUCUGGUUUUCCCUCCCACUCAGCCGACUGCUCUGAGUCUCCAGGUAGCUGUGUGUCCUCUGCUCCCUCCACCGCACGGCCUGGGACGCUGCUAGGCCGGCGGGUCACUUGUGUCACGUCUGUAAAUUCGCUGCGCCCCUCCCUGCUGCUGCCUGGGGCCUCCUGCUCUCCUGUCCACCUGUGUUCUCAGUCUCCGGCUCCCUGGGGCGGGGCAGGGCGGGUGGUCCCAGCACUCCUCAGCCUCUGACCGGGACGGGCCUAGCUGUCGAUUUCCAGUCACUACCAGCGGCCAGCACGAGGUUUCCGGAAGGAAAGCUGCCGUUGUCCGCUCCCACCUUGUUUCCUUUGUCCCGUUGUUGAGGUUUUUUCAAAAAGUGUGGUGUUCAGUAUGCAAAUCGAUUAUUUUAAGAAUUGCUUUUGUAAAUAUCUUUGUGAAUAUUUUAGUAUUGUCUUUGAUAAUCUUCAGCAUUUUCAUGACCUGGUUAUAGCCUUUGCUGGUGUUUUUAAAAUGCCUUGACUCAACGACAAAGACCGAGUCCUUUUUUUUAAAAAAAAAACACAAAAACAAAAAAGCAACCAGGGCUAUUUGUACCGAUGAAGGGACGAAGCGCAGAGGUGGCUGUGCCGUGAGUUAGAGACCAGGCUGCCCACUGGGAGAGCCAGGCCCAGGCUGGCGGGACGAGACGCACCAGGGAGCACGCGGCCGUCCUUGCCCAGUGCCGAUAGCCCCGGCUGGGAGGCUGGUGGGUCGGGCGUGUGGGAAUGUUCCGCCCCAGACAGACUUACGGACACCUUCCCUAGAAGUUCCUGCUUCCUGCCGUGUACUUUUUCCCCAGAGAGGCCUGGAGUUCGUUCUGGUUCUUGUCGGGGUGUCCCUGCUCUGCUCAGCUGACCUGCCCACAGCUUCCUAGUGCAGGAGGUCACUGCUCCCACAGCCGGGCUCCAGGCACCUCCUCCGCCCUCUCUGGGGAAGCCCGGCCGCACCCGAGGCAGGUUGCCCGGAUCCCCUUUCCCACAAGCCCCCACCAGCAAGUUCAGCAAAGAGCCUUCCUGAACCGAGGUGCCGAAGCCCGCCCUCUGGGACGAACUCUUCCAGAGCAAUUUGGGGGCCGGGCCAGGGAGCGAGGGAGGCAGGAAGGCCCCCGGGGCUGGGAAAGCCCCAGCUGGUGGCAGGUUCCGGGGCAGCCUCCCCCAGCAGGGCAAUUCUGAGCUCAGGAGAUGCUUCCCUGAUCCUGUUUGGAUGACCACUUGGAGCCAUAAGUAACCUCAGCAAAAACGAGGCCUCGGCAAGCCCCUCUCCGCGCCAGGCACGCACCAGGCCACAGCUGCCACUCCACAGACGGACAGGGCGCCGGCGGCCGGCGGGGAGGCCCACGUGCAGGCAAUCACCCCAUCUCCUUGGUUUGAAGCUUUACCCAUGUAUCAUGUUCCCUGUAACCAUUUUAUUUUUUGAGAAACGUCUAAUACUUUCUCCCUAAUGGAAGCCCUACACCCCCAGAGAGCUACAUGUCUGCUCCCUCCGCCUGACCCACCCGGCAGGGUGAUGUCAGCAGCAGCGACUCAAGCGACGUGUGUACAUAUGUAAAUGAGAAAUAGAGACAUGUUAACAGAUGCAUUCAUUUCCCUCGGAAUGUGUAUUGUUUUUAUUUUACAAAACAAAAGGCUUGGAACUCCAUCUUAACGUGAAAAACUAGAUCCUGUUGUUAGCAUUUGUGAGGUCUCUCUGCAUCUGUCUCACUAUGUAAUAUACUCUGACCCCGUGUGGAAAGGAAUUUUCGUUCUGUUUUGUUUUUAUUUUACCUACAUGUACUAUUUAGCUUCAGUGUACUAGUCCUGCCACCUGUGUAUUUUUAGGGUGCUAUGGAAAUAAUGAAAAGAAAUGGGGAUUUCGGAAGAAAAUUGUAACCAAAUUCAUACUUUGUAUAAUUUUUGAUAUCAUGAUCACAGGUGAUUCACACGUACACACACAUAGACACACCCACCGUGCGGCCCGAAGUAACUCCCACAGAAAUCUCCAUCGUCUUUGUACAUCGUGUACAAUGCAGUCAUUUCAUACUUUAAACUGCUCAGAAAAAGUAAUUGUGGUUUCUAGUCUUGCAAAGCUGUAUGUAGUUAGAUGAUGUGACAACUUCUAAUAUUUAUCUAAUAAAUAUGUAUUCAGAUGAAACCUGUAUAUUAGGUGUUCAUGUGGUUAUUUUGUAUUUAAAGAUCAAAUUAUUUGACUAUUGCUAGACAUUUCUAUACUCUGUUGUAACACUGAGGUAUCUCAUUUGCCCAUGUUAAUUUUUUUCUAAAUAAAUGGACAAAAAUGAA